AUCAACCUCCUUAUAUUCUUUGGGAAUAUUCUGUGGUGUUGUUAAAGUGCAAUGUUAGGUUAGGGGAUGUCCUAAAUGUCCGGUUAUGUGGAUAAGCGCUUCUCGAGUUGCUACGCUGGUGCUAAAAGAAGGCAAAUCUUUAAUAAGCAGUAACUCUAGCGGUGUACCUUUCGUUCACAAGUACUCAAACGCCUCCAACAUGAGCAAAAACGCCCUGGUGUUCUUGGGGCCCGGAGCCGAAGAAAUGGAGUUUGUAAUAGCAGCUGAUGUCUUGAGAAGAGGAGGCAUUCAAGUAACUGUAGCAGGAUUGCCUGAUAGCGCUGUAGUAAAGUGCAGCAGAGAUGUGAAUAUAAAGCCUGACAUAGGAGUGUCUGAAGCAAAGGGGCCUUAUGAUGUGUUAGUCCUCCCCGGAGGUUUGGGUGGAUCCAAAGCUAUGGCUGAGUCGGAAGCAGUUGGCGAAUUGCUGAAGGAACAGGAAAAGGCUGGACGAUGGAUUGCAGCUAUUUGUGCCGCGCCCACCGCCCUAAAGGCUCAUCAUGUUGCAGAAGGAAAAACUAUCACUUGUUAUCCUGCAAUGAGAGCUCAAAUGGAAGAAGGAGGAAAAUACAAGUACAAAGAAGACAAGGUAAUUGUGGAUGGAAAUGUGAUCACUUCAAGAGGCCCAGGAACAGCCUUUGAUUUUGCCCUGGUUAUAGUUGAUAAACUGGUGGGCAAAGAGAAAGCCUCAGAAGUGGCCAAAUCUAUGUUGCUUUCGUAUUGAAGGCCUACAAGUGUUUACCUAAAUUGAGUGAAUAAAUAGAAGCAUCCCAACAAAA